UGCUAAUAUAAACUUACCACAAAACAAAAAAUUAAUAUGGAUAUUUUUUCAUAUACUAUUUCUUCUUCAUCUUCCUCAUCUAAUUCUUCUUCAACAUAUCCACAACAAGAACAAAAGAAAAAUAAAAAAUUAGCCUCAUAUCAUUCCUCACUUCAUGGAGUUAGAAAACUCCCAACAAAACCAAUGACUAAACUACCAAUUGCACCUUUGCCACCUACACCUCCUAAAAUAUAUAGGGUUGAACCUAAUAAUUUCAAGGAUUUUGUCCAAAUGCUCACUUCAUCUCCCGAGUUUCAAUCUGUCUCUAAUAAUUCUACCUCUAGCUCUGAUACUGGUUCUGGUUCUGGCUCUGGCUGUGGCUCUGGUUCUUUCAACUCGAGGCGUUUACAAGAUAUUGCUCCUCCACCACUUGUUCUCUCACCGAUUUCUUUAGAAAGAAGUAAUGACGACAACAACAACAAUAAUAAUAAUGAUAUUGCAUCACAAUGGCGUGAGUUCCUUCGUCCUUCUUCUUCCUCUAACAUUAAGCAAGUAGUUGAAACAUGCAUUGACUCAACGAAUAAUGAAGAACAAGAAAGAUCACAUGUAACGCCCCGGAUUCCAUCAGAAAAUUAUUUUGGAUCGUGUAGUCCAUUAGCUAAUUUUCCUCUAUCGCCGGCCUCUUUUGCAUGGUGCUCUUCUAUUCUUCUAAGCCCGGGUACUCUUACUUCACCAAACGCGGUUCUUUAGCUCCCUUUCUCAUUGCCUCAACGUCCAGUACUAGCAGAAACAGAAUUUUCACUAAAAGAGUUCAACAUUUACUAUAUAUAUAUAAAAAAAAUUCUGGCUCUGUUACUGGUGGCCUGUAACUUACUAUGCUUCAUUCAUAAGAAAAUGAUGUAGAUAUUCAAGAGUUUGAAUUGGAACUAAAAGAUAUAUAUCAUAGUUCAAACA